CGGUAUUUCCGGAGGCGCCAUUUUAGGGCGGCUCCCCCAAGGUAGCGCGGCUCCUCUUCCAGCCCUCUCGGUCCCUCUCUCCGCCACCCACAGCGACAGCCAUGGCCCAAGACCCGUCUGUGUCCGCCGAUGCUGCAUCUCCGCUGUUUCCGUCGCUCUCGGACCAAGAACACCCGUCGCUGGCCCGGGGCUACUUAUUUCCAGAGACGUGCUACAACAUCACCCAAGCAUACAGCACAAUCGGGCCGCUGUCUGGUGAAAGUAGCACCAAGGACGUGAAAAAUUUACCGGACAAGUACACGUGCAUGUGCAUCAACAAAACUGCAGAAGAGGGAAUACUCUUCAAACAUAAAAACGCACCCAUCCUGACUGUGAAGUCUGAAAUCUGCGUUGGUCAUGCAUUAAGUAAAUGGAAAUUGGACCAUAAUUGGAAAGUCUACGAGAGCAGAGACAUGGUCUGCGUAUGCCCACUUACGACAGAACGUGAUGGGAACUACACUGCACAGAAGAAUGGAAAAACAUGCGAAUUCAAGAAAUCCAGGUAUCUGUCAGAGCUCACUUGCAAGGUCCAGAGCUGCUCACACGACUUCUGCGGGUGGUGCCCGAUCUACCCCAGCUUGGUUGAGAACUGCAUGCCGCGGGUGAAGAGAUCAUCCUGCAAGGAGCUGAAGCAGCUGAACUGCAUGGGAGACAACGUGGUCAGAACUGAGAGCAAAACCGUCACCACCCCCAGGGUUGUCACCACCCCUGGCAUUGUCACCACCCCCAGGGUGCUCCCCAACGGUGAGAGCUGGGGACAGAAGGAGGAAAGGUGGGGUGGGCUGAUGCCAAUCCUCUGA